AUGGAGGAUGUGUUUUACAGUGCUGAAAGGAUGUUCUCCCUGUUACAGGUGUUUGUGGCGACUCUGUCCGUGUCUUUGCUGCUUUGCAGCGUCAGAUCAGCACCAAGAGGAAACAUGCUGCUCCAGCUGCUACAAUCAGAAGUGGACCCCAAGGACAAUGACCUUCAGGAUCUCACUCGUUUGCUGCUUCUGAAGCAGCUUUCUGAGUCGGUGGCACCCGAAGAGAAAGACGCUCUAGAAAACAUCGAUGAUCUUCAGGUUCGUAAUGAAGUGGUUCGACAGAUUCCCCUCUCCCAGCGAGAACGCAAAGCAGGCUGCCGGAAUUUCUACUGGAAGACCUUCACCUCUUGCUAGUCAACCUGUUU